AUGGACGCGAGGGUGGAAGAGGAAGCCGAUGUGAAACGCAAAGAACGCGCUGACAUGUUAGAAAAGGGACGACAGCUUGCCGAAGAUCCGAAGGCAGCUCGAGAACGCUUGUUUUUUGGCGCACCUUUAGGACAGUUUGCUUCGAAGAUGGCGGUGGAUGAAACGGCACACGCGCAACAUGCACAUUCUGAAGAAAUGUUACAGGAGGAUACCAACAGUACAUCAGAAGGUGCUGCAGCAACUAAGCGACCUCUCUUUGUUGCCGCUAGUCAACAAUCACAAGAAAUACCGUUGUCCAACGCUUGGACUCAGAUGACAAUGGAGGAGAAACAGCGCGCAUUGAACGACUUGGAUACAGAGGGUGUGAUGAACGAAGACGGCUCGUAUGCAGGUCUUGGAUACACAAGCGGCCGUCGUGGCCUCGGUUACACUGGGACAUAACACAACUAGAAAUGUUUUGUUGUUGUUGAAGAACAGAAACAACUAGCGUGGCGUUUCUCUGAGUCGCCGUGCUGGUUAGUCCACAAAAGCAAUGCCAACAUGCAGUUGAUCUUGAUUCGCCGGCGUGUGGAUACGGCAACCGUGACGAGAUAUCGUUGGUCGUGUUUCUGACAACAAUGCGCUUUGUUCCACGUUAUCAAUGAAAUUCCAUGGAGGAUCAAUCAUGUGACGAAUCUGUG